GCAUGCAUAUCCUUCCUGCACUCGUUCUGCGCCAACAUGAUAGAACAAAGAUUGAAGGCUUAUCUUCGGGCUUCUAACGCUGUGAUUUACCCACGUGACCCAUGGAACGCCUCACCGGAAGGCUGGAAUGCAGAAGAGCCAAAGUGCACAAUAGCAGAGACUAAUCCCCCCACACUGCUGCACAGUGUUUCCAGGCAGAAUGGCCAGCAACGAACUGUACUUGUUUUAUCAUGGACUUCUUCUACCUAAGAUUUCACACACAGGUGACAGUCUGAAGUGCUUUGAGUCAUUUCAAAUGCAGGAUGAUGACGUGGUUGUAGUGACGUAUCCAAAAUCUGGUACAACAUGGAUGCAAGAAAUUCUUCCAUUGCUCAUGAAUGGAGGGGAUUUUAGCAAAGUACUGACCAUACCAAACUGGGACAGAGUGCCUUGGCUUGAAGAGUUACGCAUUGCUGAAGUCGUAGACAAGCUGACUCCUCCACGGGCCUUCGUUUCCCAUAUGCCUUAUCACUUGAUGCCUCCCUCCUUCUUCUCUUCCAAGGCUAAGGUCAUUUAUGUUUCCAGAAACCCAAAAGAUGUCAUAGUUUCCUCUUUUAAUUUUCACCAAAUGGCCAGUUUUCUGCAUGACCCAGGAACCUUUGAAGAAUUUAUGGACAGUUUUCUGUCAGGCAAUGUGUUGUUUGGAAAGUGGACUGAUCAUGUCAAGAGCUGGAGAAACACAGAUUUAGGAGACCGAAUUCUCUACAUCACGUAUGAGGAGAUGAUUAAGGAUCUGUCUGGAGUUAUUGAACGCAUUUUAUCAUUUCUUGGUAAGAAUAUGAACAAAGAGACUCUGAAACGUGUGAGUGAACACUGUGAGUUUAAAUCUAUGAAGCAAAACAACAUGUCCAACUACUCGCUGGUGCCACAGGAUAUAAUGGACCACACAAAGUGUCGUUUUCUCAGAAAAGGAAUUGUUGGAGAUUGGAAGAAUUAUUUUACCCCUGAGCUGGAGUCGAAAUUCAAUGCUGUCAUUUUUGAAGAACUGAAAGGAACUGACAUCACAGUUUCCUGGGAUGGGGCACACAAUUGAAACCUCACUUCUUAAAAUGAUGCUGAAUUAAAAAUAAAACAGUUCUGUUUAAUUGUAUUAUCCCAUAGUAUAAUAUGUUUACGAGAUACCACAUAUAUGUAUAUACCAUAUAAAAGUCUUUAAAUGUAAACCUUUUCAUUGGAUAUGAUUCCUAAUCAUAUCCAAUAAAGUCAGUUAGGCACAGGUAGACUCAAGUUAAAUUGUAAAAGCACCUAAAAGAACCACUGACAGUUGUAGGAUGCACCAAAGCUCAAUUGCAAGUGUCAUUACAAAUUGUUGGAAUGCUUAUGUAAAUUGGAUGUAAAUUGGAUGCUUGGUCACUCACUCAUCUUCUAUACUGCUUUAUCCUGUAUUCAGGGUCAUGGGGACCUGGAGCCUAUCCCAGGAGGCUUAGAACACAAGACAGGGUACACCCUGGACAGGGUGCCAAUCUACCGCAGGACACACACAUACACUCACACACUCAUUCACACACUAGGGGCAAUUUGGGAAUGCCAAUUAGCCUAAUUUACAUAUCUUUGGACUGUGCGAUGGAACUGGAGUACCCGGGGAAACCCACCAAUCACAAGAAGAACAUGCAAACUCCAUGCACACAGAGACAGGAAUCGAGCCUGGCCGGGAAUCAAACCUGGACCCUGGAGGUGCAAAGGGAGAGUGUUUUAUUCUUAAUUAAAA